AUGGCUGAUGCAGGAGCAGCCGAGAUAUCGUUAGAGUUCACGCCGUCGUGGGUGGUGGCUCUAGUUUGCUUCUUCAUAGUCUUGAUUUCUAUCCUUGUUGAUAGAUUUCUUCUUUGCGCUGGCCAGCUUUUGCAGAAGCGCAAAAAGUGGCCACUCGUCGGCGCCUUACAGAAGAUCAAAGAAGAGUUGAUGCUACUGGGUUUCAUAUCGCUGCUCUUAGCGGUGUUCCAAACUAGAAUAGGGAAGAUUUGCAUAUCGGACCGACUCGCCAACUCCUGGCUUCCUUGCAAGAAGCCCAAUUCCUCUUCCACUGUCGCCAGUUUCACUACUAGUUCCUUUGCUUCCAGCGGAGCAAGAGGACGCCGCCUCCUCGCUGAAGCUUCUGAUACCUACUGCAGUAAAAAUGGGAAGGUGCCAUUGUUGUCUGUUGAAGCACUCCAUCACCUGGACAUUUUCAUAUUUGUCCUAGCUACGUUUCACGUAGUCCUCUGUGUGCUCAAAGUACUCCUUGGAUAUGCUAAGAUACGUCAAUUGAGCAAGUUGGAGGAACAUGAUGUAGGGAGCACGCAUUAUGAUACGCUGAAAAGAGUAUUCACGGAGAAGCUGCGUGAUUAUAACAACCGACGCCACAAUGAAUCAGCUGUACCAGGCUGGGCGAUAUCAUUUUUCAAGCAGUUUUAUCCUUCUGUGACCGAGUUUGAGUACAUCGCUCUUCGUCUGAACUUCAUGUUCAAAUUUCUGUCUUGUCCGCAGGCACAUGAUUUGAAAGAUCCGAAGAAAGAUUUUCAGAAGUACAUAAUUGGGGCCGUGCAGAAGGAUUUUGAGAAAAUGGUUGGAAUCAGCUGGUACUUGUGGUUAUGCGCAGUGAUAUUUUUGCUCGUGAAUGUAGCUGGAUGGCAUGCGUACUUUUGGAUAUCUUUCAUUCCGUUUACUCUUUUGCUCAUCGUUGGCACCAAAUUGGAGCAUAUGAUAACGCAACUAGCCAAAGAGGUUGCCAAAAAGCAUUCACAAAAUGAAAAUAACUCUCCUACCAUAGAAAGUGCAAAGGAGUUGGUUGUUAAAUUUUCAGAAGACAAGUUUUGGUUUGGUAGGCCUCAUCUCGUCCGCAACCUGAUUCACAUUGUGCUAUUCGAGAACUCUUUGGAGCUUGCUUUCUUCUUCUUUAUAUUGUUCCAAUAUGACUUUCACUCCUGCGUUAUGGGAAAGGUUGGUUUUGUCGUCCCAAGGAUAGCAAUUGGAGUGUUUGUCCAGUUCAUGUGUAUCUUCAGAACAUUACCACUAUACGCAAUUAUGAAGUCACAGAUGCAUCCGAAGGAGAAUCAAUCAGAUGAAGAGGAAGAUAUGUGGAUUGUGACCAGGAUUUCGAAGUGGAUCGAUGACAGAAAGAAUUCAAUAUUAACAAAGGUGGCCACAAAUACUGAAUCGACCCAAACCGGUUCGAGAGAGGGAUCUGCUGGAGAUGAGAUAACAGAAUCCAGUGACAUGAAUGCGAUAGGAGACAUCGAAGCGCAAAAUAGAUAA